AUGACCAGCUGUAAUGCAAAGCUGGUUCGAUCCCCAAGGAAGCCCAGCCCCAUGUGCCCUUUAGAAACGGAAGAGAUGGUUUAUAAUGACAAUUCUCUUUCAGGUCCUACUCCUAAUGGAGGACAGAAGACUAUAUUGCCGGUGGAAAACAAGAACAAAGUGAUUGCCAAGCCCCCUAAAAAGAGAAAAGCUGCAGAACCUGAAGCCUGUAGCCCACCUCCAGCUCCUGUGAUGAUGAGGCCACCCCCAAUUGAUCUGACUGAAUGGAACAACCAGAGAGUUCUAGCCUGGAAAGAUAAUGUCUUUAAACGAGGGGUCAUCAAAAAUAUUGCUGAGAGGCAGGUAAGGGUGUUAAUUGAUGGUGAAACAGAGUUGAGUACAUACAGUGUGUUUGACGAGGACAGCAACAAAGUGAUCAGUGACCACUGCCCAAUGCAGAGCAGUGUCCAAAUUGGGACAGUUGUCUGCGUACGAAUCAGCUCUGAGGAGAAUGUUUUUUAUGAGGGAAAGGUUAUUGAACGCAAGUCCAACCCUGUCUCAUUCCAUGUUUCCUUGCAGAAUCACUAUCACAUAAACAGUUACAGUCAGGAGGUGUGGGUACCUCGAGCCAAUAUCCGGUUACUUCAGCCACCGUGGUGGGAAGACAUGAAGGAUCAUGAGGAACAAAAUAACUUCUACUCUGUACCCAAUGCAACUAGUGUCCCUGUUGCAGCUCCAGUGGUUGUAUCCACGGCUCAAGUGUUACCUCCAGCACCGGCUGUAGCAGCUGUGGCUGCACCUCCCCUCACACAGGCAAUACCUGCUCUACCAAGUGUACGUUCUGGAAAUUUACUGUUAUCUUUUGAGAAACAGGCCAGCUUUGAGCGUCCAGAUACUUCUGAAGAUGAACUAAAAAAUGAGAAUGUUCACUUUGAUUCUAGUGGGCUUAGUACUCCAAGGUCUGGGAGUGCAACACCUGGUGCCAAUUCUCAAAAUGGCAAAGACCGUGCCAAGCAAUUGUGUAAGAAACGAGACAAUGUGAGAAGCAGAGCUCAGUCUGGAGAUAGCAGUAGAGCCAGCACGCCUAGAUCUCCAAAUCCUGUCAGUAAAUAUAAAAAAGGGGAUGUAGUUUCUAAUGAAAAAAGUGGUGUACGCAAAAAAUUUAAUGGUAAGCAGUGGCGGCGCCUCUGCUCAAAAGAUGGUUGCACCAAAGAAUCUCAAAGACGAGGUUAUUGUUCACGGCACCUCUCUCUCAAAGGAAAAAGCAUGCGUUCUUCAGUUUCUCUCCCUGGUCAUCGGAAAGGGGAACUCAAAGAUGGUCAAAUUGAGUGGGAGGAGACAUCACGGGAUAGUGAGUAUGACCACCAAGAUAGGAUUACAGGCAAACUAGAUGAACGAGAAGCUGCUAAUCUCCUUGUAUCCCUGGUUUUUUUUUUUUUUUUUAAUAUAUAUUUUUUAUUUCUUUUUCGUUUCUUCUUUUUCUUUUCUUUUUCGUUUCUUUUUCGUCUUUUUCGUUUUUUCUUUUCUUCUUUUUCAUUUCUUUUUCUUUUAUUUCUUUUUUCUUUCUCUCUCUCUCUCUCUCUUUUCUCUCUCUUUUCUCUCUCUCUCUCUUUUCUCUCUCUCUCUUUUUUUCUCUCUCUCUUUUUUUCUCUCUCUCUUUUUUUCUCUCUCUCUUUUUUUCUCUCUUUCUCUUUUUCUCUCUCUUUCUCUUUUUCUCUCUCUUUCUCUUUUUCUCUCUCUUUCUCUUUUUCUCUCUUUUUCUCUUUUUCUCUCUCUUUCUCUUUUUCUCUCUUUCUCUUUUUCUCUCUCUUUCUCUUUUUCUCUCUCUUUCUCUUUUUCUCUCUCUUUCUCUUUUUCUCUCUCUUUCUCUUUUUCUCUCUUUUUCUUUCUUUCUCUCUUUCUUUCUCUCUUUCUUUCUCUCACUCUCUCUCUCUUUUUUUUUUUUUUCCAAAGAAUCAUUCAAAUAACUGUAAUAUAAAAUGUCUUUUGCAUUUACCAUUAUAA